CGCUAAGCUGAGGAAUGGAGGGAACGUGGCAGUGGGAGCAGCGAAAGCACUGCCAUAUCAUUCUGCUCAACCCUUUGUUGUACGUAAAGGAGAACCCGGAACAGGCUGCAGAUGAACGAAAGCGACUACAAGGUAGUCUCUGUAAGGAAGAAGACACCCUGAAGAAGAGGAGUCGCGUGCCGGGUCUGUAGCGCUCGGUAAAUAGAGGAAGGGCCCCCUCCCGAGCAUCGUCAGAAAGGAGAAGGGGUCGUCAUGGGCCCGGCACACCAAAUCGUACCCCACUGAGCGAUGCAAGUAGUUAGGGCCGGGGCCCUGCUAGUGAGCAUGUGGCUCACUAGAGAAUGAAGAAGCAAAACAUCCGGACCCUAUCGUUGAUCGUCUUCACGCUCACCUACCUCCUCUUCGGCGCUGCGAUCUUCGACUUUCUCGAGUCCGAUACGGAGCAACGACGCAAGGAAGCAUUGGACGCCAUUGAAAAGAUGGUUAUACGCAAGUACAAUAUAAGCGAGGACGACUUCAAGAUCAUGGAAACAGUGGUGCUGAAGACGGAACCUCAUAAGGCCGGUCAACAGUGGAAAUUCGCUGGGGCGUUUUACUAUGCGACCACGGUCCUCACCACUAUCGGUUACGGACAUUCGACGCCGAACACCAUAAGCGGUAAGGUGUUCACGAUGUUCUACGCGAUCAUCGGUAUCCCGUUAGGACUCGUAAUGUUCCAGAGCAUAGGAGAGCGUCUGAAUAAGUUCUCGUCCGUCGUAAUACGGAACGUAAAGAAGCUUUUUAACUGUAAGGAUGUCCAGGCCUCAGAAAUAAAUCUUAUCUGCGUGGUGACGACCUUAUCUUGCUUAACGAUUGCGGGAGGUGCCGCGGCGUUCUCUCGGUACGAAGGGUGGUCAUAUUUCGACUCCAUCUACUAUUGUUUCAUCACCCUGACAACCAUUGGAUUCGGCGACAUGGUCGCGCUACAAAAGGAUAAUGCGCUGAACACCAAGCCGGAGUACGUGAUGUUCGCCUUGAUAUUCAUUUUAUUCGGCUUGGCCAUCGUCGCCGCCUCCCUCAAUUUAUUGGUGCUGAGACUUGUCACAAUGAAUACGGAGGACGAAAGGCGAGACGAGGCCGAGGCUCUACAGGCUGCGCAAGGAGCAGUGCGCCUGGAGGGCGACGUAAUAACGGCGAACGGCUCGAUACUGUCGGGCCAAGUAGGCAACCACGGUGACACGAUAUCGCUGGACGACGAGACGUCGGUCUGCAGCUGCUGCUGCAGCGGCUUCCAAAAGAAACGACGGAGACCGCGGUUCACGGUCCGUCGCUCGCCCGGUAAGAUUUCGCACCUGCUGCCGAUGGAGCCGCUGUCAACGUUGGACGAGGCCAGCGACCUACGCCCGCCGCCGUUGACGCCGUUGCUGCAACUGCCGCCGUUGCAUCAACAUCGAGCCAGCAUCUGACGACCUGCUGUUCUAACGAACUGCUGGUGUCCGUUUCACGCUCUUUUCCUCGAUGACGAAACAGGGACAGAUUGUAACGAGGAGAAUGAGAAAGAGAGAGAGAGCUUUUGCUGGCGACCGCUUCAACGAAUUUAAUCCUAGGG